CCAAAUAACUCAAUGAAUUAGAAAGGUGUACAGCGGAACAAAGGAUUUCAACGGAAUCGGAUGAAUAAAUUCGAUGAGUGAGAAGGUAGUAGCAGUAGCACUUCAGAGCUAAUAAACAAAUCCGAUAGAUUUAUCUCUAAAAUCUCAACGAUGUAUCUUCCUACUUUGGGCCCUUCAUCAGAUCCCACCUCUUCAUCUUCUUUGGCACCAAAGAGGAUGAUGCUACAGAGAUGCGACAGUGGGUUUAAGCUAAGGAAGCUUAACGAUGAUGUUGUAGAAGAUAAUGUGCAGCAGAUCGAGUCAAACAUCACACAAGUAGAGAGUAAUCCCGUUUCCGAAUCAGAAGCAGGUUUGGUGCCUCACACAGCAGCAGAGCCCACUACUCAAGAGGAGACUCAAAAGUUGUCAGCCAAAUCACAGUUGUAUACGUUAUGUUCUGUGAAGCACUGGAACGCACCAAUAUAUGAGAGCAUCGCUGAGGGACCUGGCCAUAUGAAAUUAUUUACAGUCAAAGCUACGAUUGAAAUGAAGGAGGAUUCUGGGAUAACGUUUUUGGAAUGUUUCGGGGAUCCACAUUCUAAGAAGAAACUAGCAGCUGAGCAGGCAGCCGAAGCAGCGCUUUGGUAUCUUAAGAACGUGGGUCAUGCUCUUCAGACAGAGAAACCUUCUCGUCGUCAAGGGCGUACGAAACCGAUAUAAAAGAUGAUGGUAACAGGUGAACACGCUGUAUGAUCUUUAUCCAGUUGCAGGUGAUCAAGUAGUCUUAUUUUGUUCAUGUUCCUAGGCUUUGAGGAUUAGUUUUUGAUAUAAGCUCUACCUAGGGAGCUCAAUAGGGUAGCCUCUAUCACAAAAUACUCAUCUAUUUAUAAGACUAUGUUGAUGUGUAUCUGUAGCAUCAGUUGUAAGUAAAGUAUGGUUAUCACUUCUCUUCUCUCUUUGGUUUCUCAGUGUAACAGUCACUCAGUGUGUGGAUUUAAAUGAAAUGCUAUUGGUUAAGAUACA